GGUUUGUUGUCAUUCGUGCUGAGGAGCUGCUGUUAGCGUUUAACGCGGAUAUUUUGUUCCCUCUUUAAUUGUGAACCUGCUCGUAUUGUUAGCAUAAAAUGAGCUCAAAGUCAAACGGAAAAGAAGACGAAGAUUUUCUGUUUCUUGAAAAGGUUUUGGACAAGUUUUAUGACUUUGGUGAUGAACCAGCAUCAAAAAAGAAGCUCAAGAAGAAGAAGAAACGGAAACAGCGUGAGGAAGAGGAGGAGGAGGAGGAGGAGGUCACCACAGUCAAGGAUAUGUGCGGUGAUGAUGAAGAAUACAGUACUGAACAUCAGCAGCAACAUCUACAGACCGAGCAAACAGGUCCAACGCAGGUAAACCAGGUGGAGGUUGUGACAUUUCAAGACCCCAGAAAGAAACUGAAGACCGAGGAGAAGCCAGCUGCAGAGAAAACACCUGCCCCUCAGAUACCACAGAAGAAGAAAAGCGAACAGCUGGAGGAACUCAAUUUUGAAAAGGCUCGUCUGGAGGUCCAUCGCUUUGGAAUCACCGGCUACAAGAAGGAGCAGCAGCGUGUUUUCGAGCAGGACAGAGCGGUCAUGUUGGGAGCCAGACCUCCUAAAAAGGAGUAUAUGAACUACAAGGUGCUGCAGCAGCAGAUCAAGGAAAAGAAGCAGAAAGCGAAGGAGGAGGUUCAGCCGGACCUGAAGAAGAAGAAGAAGAAUAAUCAAAGAGACAGGAUCAGAGAGAAGAAGAAGGUGUCCUCUGGUUCUGGCUCGGCCCCCUCAGGUCAGGUGGGGCGGUUCAAGAACGGCAUGCUGAUCCUGAGCUCCAAGGAGAUCCAGAAAAUCAAAGGCAACAAAGGACACAAAUAGGUGAUUAAAUCCUCCGUGAUGAGAAGGAAUCCAGACCAGAGGAAGAACUGGCAGCUCACCGCAGAACUGUUCGCAGCCAAACAUGUUGUGAAGAGGAAAUGGACGAGAGCUGAUUACUACGUGACCUGAGAGGCUGAUUUCCUGACAGCGUGUCGCUGGCCUGCAGUGAAAUAUGCGACAGUGUUACCGUCGACAGAUUGCUGAGUCAGAAAUCCAAUUUAUCGACCUCCAAAAUGGACCCUGAACGUCUCACUGUGGCGACGCAUUAAUGCACAAAAGCAGAGACUCUGUUGAAUCAUAUUCCAUCACAAUUAAUUUAUUUUCUUUUUAUAAAUGGAAAAAAAAGAAGAAGGAGACAUUUGCGUUUCUGGUGUUUUACACUGUAAAGGUUUUAAAAUUACGCAGUUACAAUGCAUUUCUCAUAUACAAACCAUGUAGUCGUACAAAACAUUUACAUUUGCGGGAAGAGAGGGGAUCCUAACAGGACAGAUGGGGGAGGUAAAUAUUAAAAAACUAAUGUAGGAAACACACAUAUACACCGUGAGAAAGCAGAAUGGUCUUGCCAGUGCAGUAUUUCUCCCUUACUAACCCUUUAUAACACAAAGAAGAAGCUGUGUUCUAGAUGUAAACAUUAAGUCUUUACAGAAACCAGUUCGUUCCAUUUUGUUAAAGGGAAAAGGUGAAUGUUGGCGACGACGAUGACGACGACAAAACGAGACCCGUGAUCUGGCAGUGUGCGGCUGGGUGAGGUCACAAAUUCUCACACCGUUUUCAUGAAGCAGCUUCUCGUGGUUUUUUUUAUGAAUUUCAUAAAAGAAGAGCGUGAGGAAAGAUGAAGCUUAUCGGCAGCACGUCACACAUUUCAAGCUGUAAGCAAACCAGUUUUAUUUUGAGGAGAGUUUGUAGUCGGCAAGCCUUUUGUUUUUUUUUUUGUUUUUUGUAAACCUGCAACCCUUGGCAAUCAUCCAUAGACAGAAUAUAUAAUCAGUAGCCAUUCAACUGUUGAAGAGGGUAUUAUACAAAAGAAAAUAAAUAUGUAAUUAAAUAUAU